AAGGGCCCACUUGCUAGUUGUGAGGGGUGCAACAGACUCCCAGAUCCUCCGCACCCCUUCAGCUCCUCCCACAACAUGUCCCACGGAAAGCAAUUCACCCUCUACACCCACGACCGCGGACCUAAUGGAUGGUCCGUCGCUUUUGCCCUGCAGGAGCUCGGCUUGACCUACGAGUCCGUAUUUCUUGACUUCCAGAAGGGCGAACACAAGGCUCCAGAGUUCACCAAGUACAAUCCGAACGGUCGCAUUCCCGCACUGAUUGACCACCACAACAACGAUUUUGUUGUCUGGGAGUCCAAUGCUAUCACCCAGUAUGUCGUCGACAAGUACGAUAAGGACCGGAAGAUCUCGGUAGCUCCUGGCACGGAGGAGUACUACACACAGCUACAGUGGUUGUACUUCCAAGCGUCCGGCCAGGGACCAUACUUCGGCCAGGUGGCUUGGUUCUCCGUGUAUCACCCGGAGAAGGUUCCCAGCGCAGUUGAGCGGUACCGAAGCGAGAUUAAGCGUGUGCUCGGCGUGCUCGAGGGUGUGCUCUCGAAACGCGAGUGGCUCGUCGGCAACAAGGCUACCGUCGCCGAUUUUUCCUUCCUAACAUGGAACGAUGCUGCUGCUAACUUCCUGCUGGAGAACUUUGACUUUGACAAAGAGUUCCCUGCUACAGCAAAGUGGCACAAGAGGCUGCUGGAGCGCCCUGCUAUCGCUCAAGUCUGGGCUGAAAGGGCCAAGGCUGUCCAGAAGCAGCACUAACAACAUGUACCAGCGCCUCCCUUGAAAUGGUGAACUGCUUCGGAGCUUCUGUGCGCUUUUGUAGUAGAAAAGAAUGCAAAGAACAUUUUGACGGAUGUCGCUGAGACAGACGAUGCCAGCUUCGAACUUUAACGCCUUCCUUAUAGAGGACAAGCUGGUGCACAAAUAACGCCAAAUAACAUUCUU